UAGCUCUACCAUGCUGUCCGGAAGAACAGUGUAAAUAUUGUCGUGACGUUUAUCCACCACCAUCAGCUGCUUUGCCCCUGCAGCUUAAAACAGCAGUGAUUUUUCCACCCCGGGAUAUCCACUUUGAUUCCAUCCACAUCUCUUUUUGUUGCUCCUGUCUCUGAUUCUCUGUAUCUGUUCCCGACCCGCUUGAUUCUUGUCCCUAACAUGCAGAAAAGAAAGAAGCCUGAACCGAUCCAGCUGAACCCGAUUCCUGAUGGAAACACUAUCAACGGAACAGGAGCCUCAGAAACAAACUUGGAGGCUUUGCAGAAAAAGCUGGAGGAGCUUGAGUUGGAUGAGCAGCAACGAAAACGCUUGGAGGCCUUCCUGACACAGAAGCAGAAAGUGGGAGAGCUGAAGGAUGAUGACUUUGAGAAGAUCUGCGAGCUCGGCGCAGGCAACGGAGGCGUCGUUUUUAAGGUCUCACAUCGACCAUCCGGUCUGAUUAUGGCCAGGAAGCUGAUCCACCUGGAGAUUAAGCCAGCCAUCAGGAACCAGAUUAUCCGGGAGCUGCAGGUGCUACAUGAGUGUAACUCUCCGUACAUAGUGGGCUUCUAUGGUGCGUUUUACAGCGAUGGAGAAAUCAGCAUCUGCAUGGAGCACAUGGAUGGUGGCUCUCUAGACCAGUCACUGAAGAAAGCAGGCAAAAUCCCAGAGGAGAUUCUUGGCAAAGUCAGCAUUGCUGUCAUCAAAGGUCUUUCCUACCUGCGUGAGAAGCACAAGAUCAUGCAUAGAGAUGUCAAGCCUUCUAACAUCCUGGUGAAUUCCCGCGGUGAGAUCAAGCUGUGUGACUUUGGUGUGAGCGGACAGCUCAUAGACUCAAUGGCCAACUCCUUUGUGGGAACUCGCUCUUACAUGUCGCCAGAGCGUCUGCAGGGAACACAUUACUCUGUUCAGUCAGACAUCUGGAGUAUGGGUCUGUCUUUGGUGGAAAUGGCCAUCGGACGCUUCCCUAUCCCUCCACCUGAUUCCAAGGAACUGGAGCAGAUCUUUGGAUUUCCAGUGGAAGGGGAGGCAGCCUCCAGCGAGUCCCCAAAACCGUGCCCCCCUGGACGUACAGGCAGCUCAUGUGGACCAAACAGUAGACCACCAAUGGCUAUAUUUGAGCUACUCGAUUACAUAGUUAAUGAGCCCCCACCAAAGCUCCCUGCAAUAUUUAGCGCUGAAUUCCAGGAGUUUGUGAAUAAAUGCCUGAUUAAGAAUCCUGCAGAGAGAGCAGACUUAAAGCAGCUGAUGGUGCAUCCUUUUAUCAAACAAUCCGAGGCAGAAGAGGUGGACUUCGCCGGCUGGCUCUGCAGCACCAUUGGACUCAGUCAGCCUGCGACACCCACCCAUGGCACCAGCAUGUGAGACUGUCGACUGCAGAGCCAUAACCAGACCAAUCAAAAAGACGUUUUGGUUGCUUUUUAUUAUUGCUAAGUGUUUCCAAAGUAAGCAAUGUGUUAAUCUUACAGGUGCAUCUCAAUAAAUUCAGAAGUUAUGAAAGGUUAAUUUCCAUUAUUUAAGUCAUGAAGUGAAACUUAGACUCAUUACACAGAGGAACAUGUUUAAACACUUAAGUCUGAUGUUUAUGGAUUACAGCUGAUAAGAACCCAAAAUUAUGUUUAUCAAAAAACUGAAUAUAAGACAAGAGCAUGUCUAUGCACCAUUCAGUAUGCACUCAACACUUGAAGAGCUUUUCAUAUGCGGCUCUGAAGAGGUGUUUAUGGAAUCCAGGUUACUUUAAUAGCGAUUUUCAGAUCAUUUGCAUCGUUUGGUUUGAUGUCUCUCAAUGCUCUACAGAUUCUCUGUAUGGUUUAGUUCUGGUUAGUUUGCUGAGCAGUCAAACACAGUGAGACCAUGGUCAUUAUAGCAGAUAUUAGUCCUGCUUUUAAGCUCAUCAGCAGACGGAAUCAUGAAGUCGUUCAGAAAUGUUCCUGGUUGAUGGCUGAGAUGACCUUGGAACUGUAGAGCAGCUGCUUCCUGUUCCACUUCUAGGUUUUCCAAUGCAAGUAAAAAUCUACAUUUUUUGGGCAGAGUUGUUAAGGUAGUACCAAUUAGACUGCUGAAAUUGAAGUUGCUCCUCCUGACUGAUCUCCAAAUGAAAUGCAAACUUUACUUCCCUCUAAAGACCUGACUUUUGAAUUCAGUCCUUUUUAUUCCAUCUGUGUGGAGGCUUGUGACUCCAGCUGCAGUCCACACCUUGUCAAUCUCCCACAAGACUUUCACUUUUUAUGAAUGUGCUUUGAACUGGCACUUUGAAUAGCUGGUAACUUCAGAAAUUCAGUCCCUUUAUAGUCCAAUGAUUUAUUUUCUACAAACUUAAAAUAUAUUAUGUAUAAUGUAUCAAGUUUCACUUUAAUUGCUGAAAUAAGCAUUUGUAACAUUUUGAGAUGUACCUGUAAAUCCACUGUACAAACUUGCAUACAGAAAUAAAUUGUGUACUAGACAGCUGUUUAGGUCAUCUUAAGAGACCUGAUUGAAAAGCCAUCUUUUUGUAACAAUACAGCCAUGUAAAAAUACUGCUGCUAAACCUCAGCGCUUGACAUUCCUCCUCAAUCAUAUACAACACAACCGUUCUGCUCACGUAAUGUGCUGAAUUGGUAUGAUUAAGCCUUUUUAUCUGAAGGAAUGUUUCAAGGUCUAUUGUCAGUUGCACCAGGGUUAAAGGGUCACAUCCUACUUCUGUAUGCAUAGACAAUCAUUUCUCAGAGAAAGUCAUGAAAGAAUCUUGGCCAACCUGUGUAUUUUGAAAACUCUUAAUGCUGAUGUCAUGAUUUAUUGUGCAUCCCUUGCCCUUCAUCCACUCCACACAGCUUUGUUGGCUUUUGUGAUAUGUAUCUUGUGAAUUAAAUAGUUUAAAUAAUA